AUGUUUGAGAGAUCCUCCGUCUCCGCCGCCUCCUCCUCAUAUUACAGUAUGGCUGUCGUCAAGAUUUUACUGAUGACAGAGGAUGACGGACGGCUGCAGGAACAAGAACAAGCACAAGGUGAUAAUUUAUGUGGAAUCAUAUUAUACUUUGCCAACACAUCUUAUGUUUCUCGAGUUUUUGAUAACACCUAUUUCACAAUCGCAAACAACACAUAUCAGGGGCUAACCACUUGCAAUGCACUUAUGCGAGAGAAUCCAAUUGGUGAAUUGGAUUUGUAUCCGGUUUUGAAAUUGCAAGUACCCCUUAGAUGCGCUUGUCCUACAAAUGAACAGAUUGUAAAUGGCACCAAGUUUCUAUUAACAUACUUGGUCACUUGGAAAGAUAAAGUUCCAGAGAUUAGUCAUCGGUUCAAUGUUAGCAGCAGAAGUUUAGCAGACGCCAAUGGUUUUCCUGAUGAAAAUUCACUUAUUUAUCCCUUCACAACUAUAUUGAUCCCUCUUCCAACAGAACCCUUGAGCACUCAAAUCAGAACUUACCACCAAACGUUUCUUUCUAAUCCAAGUCCUAGUACUCCACAGAAAAAGCACAAAAGAUUCUCUAAAGCACUUCGUGUUGGGAUAGGAACUGCUGCUUCUUUAGCAGUUUUCUGUUUUGUGCUGUGUGUUUCUUCUAUCACGGAAAAAAACAGAUCAAAUAAAGUAUCUUCAAAUGGUAGGCAGGGGAAAAAGCUGUGGAAAUUACAGGAGCGUAUCCUAGAUGAAGUUGCUGGAAUCAAGGAAAUGCUGAAAAUAUAUUCAUUAGAGGAAUUAGAGGCAGCUACUGGAAAGUGGAAACUUCAGUGCACUGAAGAAGCUGAGACGAAGAUUUCUAAGAACACAUACUCAAAUGUCGCUAAUGGGCUACAUUAUCUUCACAACUUUACUGCUCCAGCAUAUGUGCACAAGGACAUUAACAGUUGCAACAUAUUGCUCAAUGGAGAUCUAAGGGCCAAGAUUGCGAAUUUCAGUCAUGCAAGAUUAGCACAGAGGGAGAGAAAUGGAAAUUCGAUUACAAGCUGUGUUCUUGGAGCAAAAGGUUAUAUGGCACCUGAGUAUCUACGAGAUGGAAACGUGACUCCAAAAAUUGAUGUAUAUGCCUUCGGGUUUGUUCUAUUAGAACUGAUUACUGGUAAAGAGGCUGUCUUCGUGGAGAAUGGAGUAGAAGUUUUUCUGUCAGAAACAAUAAUGUCAACCAUGGGCGGAAUAAAUGCAAAUGCUGAGAUUAAGGACCUAAUGGACCCUCGCCUCCAAGUAAAGAAUUCUCUUGGUUUUAUCGUAGAUCAAACCGAACUUGCAGUUCGCUUGGUGAAAUUAAGUGUUGUUUGCUUGGCCCAAGAACCAGAAAACAGAUUGAGCAUGGCUGAAGUAGUUUCAGCUUUGAUGAAAAUCCAAUUAGAUGUCCAGAACUCGGAAUCCUAUUCUAUUGAAGUCGAGCUACACUAA